AUGUCCAACGCAAAUACCGCACUUUUCCAACCCUUGAAGGUCGGUAGAUAUCAACUCAAGCAUCGUGUUGCUAUGGUUCCGCUCACUCGCUUCAGAGCCGAUGAACAUGCUGUCCCCACAGAUAUAAUGGUCGAAUAUUACAAGCAACGCGCCACUGACGGUGGUCUUUUGCUCACUGAAGCUUGUUUCAUCACCCAAAAGGCGGGCUCUUACCCUCAUGCUCCUGGUAUCUACACCAAAGAACAAAUUGCUGGCUGGAAAAAGGUGACGGAUGCUGUUCAUGCUAAGGGCGGCGUUAUCUUCCUUCAGUUAUGGCAUAUCGGUCGUGCUGCUAUGUCUGUUCAUAUUGGUGGUGAUCAACCCGUGUCUGCUUCCGCUAUUGCCAUUUCUGGUGUCAACCUCUUGGGAGAACCCCAAGAAACACCCCGUGCUCUCACCGUUCCUGAAAUCAAGAAUAUUAUCCAAGAUUACCGUCAGGCUGCUCUGAACGCGAUGGAAGCUGGCUUUGAUGGUGUUGAAAUUCACUCUGCUAACGGUUAUCUUUUGGAUCAAUUCAUCAAUACCUCCAGCAACAAGCGUACCGAUGAAUAUGGUGGUAGCAUUGAGAACAGAUGUCGUCUUCCUUUAGAAGUGGUGGAUGCUGUUGUCGGUGCUGUUGGAGCCGAUCGUACCGCUAUUCGUUUCUCUCCUUGGUCUGGUUUCCAAGAUAUGGAAGAUGAAACUCCUUAUGAAACAUGGGGUUAUCUUGCCAGAACCCUUCAAGAAAAGCACAGCGAUUUAGCCUUUGUUGACUUUGUUGAACCUCGUGCUGAUUUCCAAGCGGACAGCUACAACGAAAAACAACCCGAUUCUCUUAAUCCUUUCCGUCAACUUUGGAAGGGUCCUUUCCUAUCUGCUGGUGGUUAUACUUACAACACGAACGCUGCUUUUGAUAUGGCAGAAAAGACUGGCAAUAUCAUUGGUUUCGGUCGUCUCUUCAUUUCCAAUCCUGAUCUCGUCGAACGUCUUCGCAAUGGAUGGCCAAUGAACAAAUACGACCGAAGCACCUUUUAUACGCAUGACGCUAAGGGUUAUACUGAUUAUCCUAUGUAUGAUGGCAAAAACUAG